ACUUGAAACUGCACCUCCAGAGCACAGACUAUGGGAACUUCCUGGCCAACGAAGCCUCCCCACUCACCGUCUCAGUCAUAGACGACAAGCUGAAGGAGAAGAUGGUGGUGGAGUUUCGUCACAUGAGGAACCACGCGUAUGAGCCCCUAGCAAGUUUUCUGGACUUCAUCACGUACAGCUACAUGAUUGACAACGUCAUUCUGCUGAUCACUGGGACUCUGCACCAGCGUUCGAUCUCCGAACUGGUGCCCAAGUGCCAUCCUCUGGGAAGUUUUGAGCAGAUGGAAGCUGUGAACAUUGCUCAGACACCUGCGGAGCUCUACAAUGCAAUCCUGGUGGACACUCCCCUGGCUGCUUUCUUCCAAGACUGCAUAUCUGAACAGGACCUGGAUGAAAUGAACAUUGAAAUAAUUCGAAACACGCUGUAUAAGGCUUACCUGGAGUCCUUCUACAAAUUCUGCAAGGUGCUGGGAGGUACCACGGCAGAUGCCAUGUGCCCGAUCCUGGAGGUAGCUGACCGGAGGGCCUUCAUUAUCACCAUUAACUCAUUUGGUACUGAGCUGUCCAAGGAGGACCGAGCAAAGCUGUUCCCGCACUGUGGCAAGCUGUACCCUGAGGGCCUGGCUCAGCUGGCCAGAGCAGAUGACUACGAACAAGUCAAAAACGUUGCUGACUACUACCCUGAGUACAAACUGCUAUUUGAAGGGGCUGGCAGCAACCCUGGAGACAAGACCCUUGAAGACAGGUUCUUUGAGCAUGAGGUGAAGCUGAACAAGCUGGCCUUCCUCAACCAGUUCCACUUUGGAGUCUUUUACGCCUUUGUGAAGCUGAAGGAGCAGGAGUGUCGCAACAUUGUGUGGAUUGCAGAGUGCAUCGCCCAGCGGCACAGGACCAAGAUUGACAACUACAUUCCCAUCUUCUAACCCUGCUUUGCUCCUGUCCGACCAUCCUGUCCCUGGAGUCUGGAGGGACCCCUGUCUUAACUCCCUGAGUUAUUCCUUGCACAAACUCCAGGGAUGUCCUGUCUGUGGAACUGGUUCAGAUGAGGAAACUGUACAGUUGCUAGUUAAAUUAUUCACAAGCUGACGUUUGAGUUGUGUGUGUGCUGUGGGGCAUCCGGAGGGAUCAGUGGCACAGGCUUGGCCCCGUGUAGCAGGAGGGACACCUCCUGUUGUGUACCUAAUA